AUGAAUACCAGCACUAAAGAUUUGGCACCCAUUGCCAUUCCACAUGGACCACCUGUGGAAUCUACUGCGGAGUACUUUAAAUCUUUGAUGGAAAGCUCCAGAAUGGUCAAAAAAUAUCCAGUAUGGGACGUCGCUCGGCCAACUCCUCAAGUUCUGAUGGAGCAAGCGCGACGAGAUCUAAUGGAGGUCGACACCAAGUUGGCGCUCAAACGGGAAGAAGAGAAACGAAACAGAAUUAUCAUGGACGCAAAAUGGGAAGACUUGAGGAAAAAAGAAAAUCUAUUGAAGGAGUCCUUUAUCAGUUUCAAUAAAUUUAUAAGAGAGAACCAAGAGAAACGAGAUCGAGCUGAACGUAAGAUGCAAGCGGACAACGAGGUGUUAGAACGCAAGACAAAGGAGACGGAAGCGAUGAGGCAGAGAGUUAUUGAGAUGGAAGAAGUGAAGAAGCUGAUGGAAAAGCAAGUCAAGGACUACACUAUUUACGAGGACUACCUCAUGUCGGUGGUGUCCAAUUAUCCCGAGUUUAAACAACCCCUGGACGUGCUAAACCGUUACGAAGCUUUGGCUGCAGCUAAAUCAACACUGGCUGAUCGUCAAGAACGAGAUCUGGAGAUGUUAGAGAACGCACGGCAGGAGAUCGCAUCGCUUACUGAAGAGAAGAAACUCUUUAUUAUGGGACUCAAUAACACGCUUGCAGAUCUCAGGUGGCGCUACGACAAAAUCCGGAAUCGAGUGUUAAAAUGGGAACUGGCUUUGAACCGGCUGAAAGAAACUGCAGCGCGACGUCAUGUGGAACUGUGCCACGUUAGAUCCGCCAUUUGGAGUCUUUACGUCAAAAUCUGUAAGCAAAAAGGCUUAUCUAUCGACGUUGCGACCGAUGACUUCGAGCAGCAGCUGGUCGUCAUCAUGAGAGCUCUAUUGGAAUUGCGCAGGAUUUACAAAAUCGCUCAGAAGAGGUCCAAGGAUAAAGUGAUUGAAGAGGAUGUUUUGACCCGUAAGAAGCCGGGUCGGGCCGCUAAAUGGCAGGAUAUUAUGUCUAGUUUGGGGACGAUUGCUGAUGCACUGCCUCUCCUAGUUUCCCUAGUAAUCGUGGCUUAUUAUGCGAUAUAUCGGCGCGAUUUGUACGAGUUGCUGAAUUAUUUAGAUACGAACUUCAAGUACCACUCGGCUCGGGGGCUGACGAAUAUGACCAUGGAGCAAAGCUGCAUGACGGCGCGACGGUUUGGAAGAAUUUACACGGCGUGUACCAUGUUCAGUGUUACUAUGUAUGCGACGUUGCCUGUUAUUGUUCAUUUGUGGACAAAAGAACCAAUCCAGAGCUGGAUCUAUAUGGAUGUAACUCAACCUCCAUUCUUCGAGUUUGUGUUUCUCCUGUCUUGUUUAGCGCAGAUGUAUGUUGGACUCGCUAUGGGGCAGUUCGGAGUGUUCUUCGCAUCAAAUUCGAUCCUGAUCUGCGGCCAGCUUGACCUGCUAUGUUGUAGCCUUCGCAACGCGCGCUACACCGCGUUACUGCAACGAGGAGUGAAGCAUGCAGCAUUGGUUGCCACGCAUUCCGAUAUACAAAGGGACGAGGAUCAUAAUUAUAUCUACAAUAUCGCUGAAAUAAAGGAAUCCGCUUAUCAUUAUGAUGAUAGGGUGACACACAACUAUGUAGAUGUUAAAACUCACUUUGAUAGAAAGGACGAGGGUCUUAACAUUAUCGAAAUGAUUUCUUUUAUUAUAGACAUCUACAGUCCAGAUUAUGAUGACGCAACGAUGGAAGCUCUUCGGGACUGUGCAUCUUUAUGUCAGGUUGUGAACAAGUAUAAAGAAAUGUUCGAGAGCUUCGUGUCACCGCUGCUGGCCCUAAGAGUCGUGCAAGUCACUCUGUAUCUUUGCACUCUGCUGUAUGCUGCUACCCUGAAAUUCGAUAUGAUAACAGUGGAGUAUUUGGCGGCUGUGGCUUUGGACAUUUUUGUAUACUGUUAUUAUGGAAACCAGAUCAUUUUGCAGGCCGACCGCGUCUCGACAGCAGCUUACCAAAGCAUGUGGCAUACGAUGGGCAUCCGUCCUCGGAAGGUACUCCUCAACAUUCUAUUGGCUAACAGAAGGCCAGUAGUUGUCAGAGCUGGCAAGUUCCUACCUAUGGACUUACAUACUUUUGUUGUUAUCAAUGAUUCAAUUUGA